AACAGUGCAGAAAAAAUGAGAUAAAAAAGAAACAGACAGGAGAGCUUUAAGAAAAGGGAAAAAGAACGUAGUGUGCCUGAUGAGCAAAACUGGAGAAGAUUUAAUUUUUUUCUAACCCAUUUAUACUGAAAUCGAGGACACAAAACUCAUAUAUACAUUGACACUUAAUAAUUCUGUUGGUUGCGGAGGGGUUAAUGCUCUCUCUCAGUUGGGAUAAUUAACGCUAAGAUGUCAUCGUUCAGCGAGCACGGGACUCCCGGGACAGGCAGACGACAUCAAUUUAGAGGCCCGAAAGGGACAUUAAGAGUCUUUAAACUGUAUCUGAACAAACCACGUAGCAGUGAACGGUGCGAGUCACCGGAAUAAAUGGACAUUAUUGAUAAUGUUCUGGACUGUCUUGUAGUAGAGAUUGGGCAAACGGGCUCAAACUGUGUCUUUGAGAUAGAGAAUUUUUUAACAGGUCUCAAAGUAAAAAUCAGAGGAUUGCAAUUUAUGUAAAUUCUGUUUAGCAGACGAUAGCUGUAAAAUGGACGGGAAACAACACCUGUGUUUUUUGUUCUUGGUUUGUUUUCUGCAAUAUAUGGCAACUGGAGCUCCUUUAUCAGAGAGUCUUGUAAUAAAACACAAUUCGACAAAUCAGACGGUUCAGUUGACUCUGGAAAAUGAGAUUACAGAGGAUGAGAUUUCGUCGCAGAUGUUCGAAGAGUACCGCUGUAAACUGGGGCGGCUAGAGUACUGCUACUGCAAGGAACAAAGGUUAAAAGACUGCCCUUCGUCGUCCUACUGCAGCGAUGACAUGCGCAGUGGCGACAUUCUGCUGACUCCAGAAGAAAUCGAUGACGCUCUCUGGCAAUGUGAGGAAGGAAAUGGAGACCUGUCGUCUGCUAAAACACCAAAAGAGCGCCAAAAACGAAAAGUGGUCUCUGAUCUGAGGAAAAAAUGGGACCUGCCCAUCAUCUACACAUUUGAUAAAAUACACAGGCAUAGCCAAGAUGAAAUAGAGACAAUCAGAUCAAUUAUCAAGGAGUGGGAGCAAGUCACAUGUGUACGGUUCAUGGAAGGAACCGAUUCCUUACGUCAACCACUUCUCAUCUUUUCUAGGCAAAAUGGUUGUGCGUCUCACGUGGGCCGAUAUACAGGCCAGACCCGUCACAACACACAAAUGGUCUACUUCGACAGCAGCUGUUUUGUCAAUAUUGAUAUCAUACGCCACGAGAUUGGUCACGCCCUUGGAUUAACUCACGAACAGUCUCGUCCAGAUCGAGAUUCUUACGUCACAAUUCUGAAAGAAAACUUAGAACCGUACUUGCAAUACCAAUUCAAGGCGAAAGGUCCAUCAGAAGUAAAUACAUUCAAUCUCCCGUACGACGUUGGCUCUCUCAUGCAUUACCCGGACAAAAUGUUUGGCAAGGUGGUAUAUGAUAAGAACAACGUCCUCGUUAAUCUUCGGACCAUUCUGGCCAAAGAUCCUCUUCUCCAGAGAAGUGUAGGGACCUCUACCGGUAUACAAUUCUUUGACGCCAAGGCUGUGAAUAUGUUGUACUGUCCUGGGCAACACUGCGGGGCUGUUUUGGAGGCCACCGAAUAUGAGCAGACAAUAGAAUCCCCCGGUUAUGACGUAGCAAUGCGAUUUGGGAAUCGAUAUAGAGACACGCCGUACGCACGUGGCCAGCAAUGCAGCUGGCUCAUCAAGGCACCUCCCGGUCAUGUAAUUAGCCUGUACUUCAAAGGUCCGAUAUUCAACAUAGCGGCAUUUGCUGAUGGUCUUUGUAACGACUACGUAGAAAUACGCUACGGGAAGUCCAUAGGUACCUCUGGGGCGAGGUUUUGCGGUUCGGAAAUCCCGACUAAGACGAUAACCACCCUGGGCAAUGCAGCGACCGUCCUUUUCCGUGCAUCUGAACGAGAAUGGCCGAUAGACAGGGUUGGAUUUAAACUAGCCUAUAAGAUCCACAGAAAAUCGCCCAAUCAGGGAACGUUUGAUAAUUUUCUGCGGAACGAUAAUUUGCGAGCUUUCUUCGGCGUUAAGUUCGACCAUCAGGUUCAAGUUAUCAGACCUCUUAUCAAACCGAUGCCUAAUAAUCUUUUAGCAUAUUUUAAUAGCCUUUUACGACGAUGA